CACACCGAUAACUCAUAGAUUCAAUCUAUAUCGGUGUGGGAUCCAUCGACUCAAUUCCAAGUGAAUAUGAAGGGAGGCAACGAGAGUCAAAAUUUUUAGUUUUAUGCCCACAUAUCCAACAAAAUAUAAUUGCAUAUUCAAGGAAAUUAAGAAGGUGAACGAAGGAUGUGGUUGGAAUGUUCGAGCUACAUUGUUGGGUGAUGGGGAUUUUGGGUUAUUCGUAAAGUGCAAAACAAUCAUACUUGCAGUUCUAAUACACUUGCACAAGACCAUCACCAACUUGAUUCAAGCUUCGUGGUUGAUAACAUCAUACACUUGGUGAAUGCACAACCAAACAUAGCCAUCAAAGUGAUACAAGCAUAAAUUCAAACACAUAUGUCAUUCACACUCAAGUACAAGAAAGGCAUUGCAUGGAAAACAAAAAUCCAUAUCAUAAGCAUUUGGUGAUUGGGUCAAGUCGUGCAUAGUAUAAGGGCAUGUUUGAUAAAACGUCAUAGUAGAUGAGGCAUGUUAUACCUAUAACCCUUUAUUUUAUAUUAGAAUAUUGGUUUUGUCUACAACAACAACAAGUGUGGUCUUCCAACCUCGCAAGAACAAGGCCAAAAUGAAAGGAAUGGGAAAGAUAUACAAGGAUGGUGCAAUUGGGCAGUGAAUAAUUCUCAAGAAUGUUGGACCUUUCCCAAAGAUAAUGGUGGAGCUAUAUGGUAAUAGCCCCACCAAAUGAUGCGGAGAGCAUUAAUAGUGUUCCAAGGCAUUCGUGCAAUGCCAAUCUUCGCUCUGUUCACAUCAACAAAAACUAAUAAAAACUAAUAGAACAAAAAUAUUCGUUCUGUUCAACACACAUUGGAGAAACAAUUACAUAUUUUGUUGACAGAACGAAUAUCGACAUCCAAAAGAGCCACAUUGGUCAACCAUUUAUUGACUCAUGCAAGAAGUUUUUGGAGUGCUUGAAAUCCUUCAUUAAUAUAUGAUAGAGUUUUGUGUAAUUUUCUUCAUUUAAAAAAUAAUAAAGUUAAUAAUUUAUUUCAUUCAAUACGGAUAUUAAACAUGUAAUACGAGUUUUAUACGUGUUUAGUACGGGAGCAUUCAAAUGAACAAAAACUAAUAAAACAACUUGAGAAUAGUACGGAUACGAAAAUUUUAAACAAGUAAAAUAUGUACAGGUACAUAGGAGUAUUUACUUAUCACAAAACAAAGAAAACGCAGCGCACCAUUAGCUCAGCCAAAAGGAAGUAACCCGAUGGGAGAAGCCUCUGCCACCACCGCCGCGACGGCCGCCGCCGACGAGUAUCUUCUCAAGAGCUUCUUCGCCGAAGUCGGCGAAGUCGAGAGGGAUAACGAAGUCCUCAGGAUCCUUUCUUGCUUCAAAUUAAAUCCAUUUGAGCAUCUAAACUUAUCAUUUGAUUCAUCUCUAGAUGAUGUGAAAAAGCAGUAUCGUAAGCUAUCUUUAUUGGUUCAUCCUGACAAAUGCAAGCAUCCGAAGGCACAAGAAGCUUUUGGUGCAUUGGCGAAAGCCCAAGAGCUAUUACUUGAUCAGCAGGAAAGAGACUAUGUUCUCAGCCAAGUACAAGCAGCCAAAGAAGAACUUCGAGCAAAGAGGAGAAAGCAGAUGAAGAAAGAUGCUGCCAGCAAAGCAAAGUCGUUAGUUGAUGAGGGGAAAUACGAACAAGAAUUUGAGAGGUCGGAUGAGUUCCAACAGCAGCUAAAACUGAAAGUUCGGGAAAUAUUGACAGACCAGGAGUGGAGGCGGCGGAAAAUGCAGAUGAGGUUAUCAGAAGAAGAAGGUAGACUGAAGAAAGAUGAGGAAGAGCAAAAAGAGGUGUGGAAGAGAAAACGAGAGCACGAGGAGCAAUGGGAAGGAACUAGAGAAAAAAGGGUGUCGAGCUGGAGAGAUUUCAUGAAGACGGGGAAGAAGGGUAAAAAGGGAGAGAUUCGCCCACCAAAGCUGAAGACAGAGGAUCCCAACAAAUCGUAUGUUCAGAGACCGGUGAAGAAAGGCUGAGGGGUGCGAACCUGCCGGGGAGGAAUUGAUGAUGGCUGUGUCCUCUUGCUGUUUGGAGGGUCAAGAAAUAUGUACUUGUGUAUCAAUUUAGCUAUAGGAAGGCCAUCCAUUCCAAAUCGAUUUGAACAGCCACUUCCAUAUUUUCUUUUCCUUGUUGGGUCAAACCCGACCCUUCCCCUAGGCUCAACAGAGGUCAAUCCAAAAGGAAACCAAGGUGUAAUGCACAAACUGUCUGACUUAUGAAAAGGUUGCUGUUUGUGGAGCUUAUAGCCAGACCUGAAUAUCAGAACCUCUUGUGAGAUGUGUUCGUAGGUGGUAAAAACUGAUCCAAAGAAUGAUAGGUAUACCUUGAACCCUCAUUGAGAUCACAGAAGUGUACUAUCUAAUUGAUUUUUCUGGUACAUUACUGCAAGGUCAUGAUUUGAAGUCAGAAAUUGUUGCUUGCCUGGAUCAUCGCUCAAUGGUUCACGACUUUCGAAGGGAGAUUGUUUUUAUAGGAACUCAAAGCUUGACGCUGACUUGUCAUUCGAGAUCUUGUACUUGAGACCCUGCAGAAAAUCCAGCAUAAGCACAUGACUUGAGGCCAGGUGCCGCGAAAGGGAGAUUGUUUUUAUAGGAACUCAAAGCUUGACGCUGACUUGUCAUUCGAGAUCUUGUACUUGAGACCCUGCAGAAAAUCCAGCAUAAGCACAUGACUUGAGGCCAGGUGCCUGGUGCUAAGGCGAAAAAUCCAGUAGAGGUCCAUGGUCAAGAUUCGUGCAUCAAGCUGUAGAUCUCAAGGCGAAGGCAAGUCUUGGCUUCAUGCAAGACCUUGGUCGAUAACUUGGUUUACGAGGCUAUAACUGAAAUGCUACUGCCAACUGGGGGCUCUUGUAAAAUAGCGUAUGAACCAGUCGAUAUAAGCAGUUGGACUGUUGCUAAUAGCAUCCUAUGCAAUUCACAAAACAAUGCUUCAUCAAGAUAUUAAGAGAGAUAUGCAUCACAAUCCACAGGAGAUGCCCGAAAUCAAUCACAAACACCUGCAAUUCCCCGCUAUAAGCUUCACCACGAAGAAUGCUACAUUACACCGUCACCAAAAUUUUACGAAACAAACACUUCUGAGAAUGGCAAACGACAAGCAUAGAAACUUACACAAAACACCUCUAUGAUACAAAGGGUAAACCCACCAAAGGUGUUGUAAAGGAAAGGGUUAACUACAUAUAUCUCGCCAUCACAUAUGAAGGACC